AUGUCCGCCGCGAUCAACGUCCACGCCACCAACCUCGCUCCCACCGAGGACAAGACCCAGAACGGUCACAGCGCCCAGGAGCACCACGACGACCAGGAGCACCCUCCCCACCCCGACGAUGACAAAUCGCCCGAGGAGAUCCGCCAGGCGUACGAGGAGCUCCGCAUCGAGGUCGAGCCCACCGAGGCCAUGAUCGACCCGAACGUCCAGUUCGAGCACCCAGAGACCUUCCCCGCCAACGAUGUCGGCCACGACGUGCUGCACAACGUGGCGCGUCACAACAAGCGCACGCUCGCCUCGUUCUCGAUGACGAACAAGGUGUGCGUUGUGACUGGUGCCGCUCGUGGUCUCGGUAACAUGAUGGCGCGCACCAUGAUCGAGUCGGGCGCUACGCAGAUUGUCAUCCUCGACCUGCGCCAGGAGGAGUGCGACAAGGCCGUCGAGGACAUCCAGGAGUGGUUUGAGCAGGAGGUCCUGACGCCGGAGGAGAGGAAGAAGGGCCUCGCGUCCGAGCUCGAGUGCAUCGGUGUCGCGUGCGACGUCUCGGACGAGGAGAGCGUGCAGGCCGCCUUUGACACCGUCAAGGCUAAGUUUGGCCGCUGCGACUGCCUCAUUACCGCUGCUGGCAUCGUUGAGAACUUCAUCGCCGAGGAGUACCCCACCGACAAGGUCAAGAAGCUCAUGGACAUCAACGUCAUGGGUACCUGGUACUGCGCGCUCAAGGCCAAGGAGCUCAUGGAGGACGGAGGCAGCAUGAUCUUCAUCGGCUCCAUGUCUGGAAGCCCCCAGACUCCGUACAACUUCUCCAAGGCCGCCGUUCGUCACAUGGCCCGCUCGCUCGCCGUCGAGUGGGCGCUGAAGAAGAUCCGCGUCAACUGCAUCUCGCCCGGCUACAUGCUCACGAACCUGACCAAGGUCAUCCUCGACAACGACCCCGUUCUGCGCGACACGUGGAUCUCCAAGAUCCCCGUCGGCCGCAUGGGCGACCCGUCUGACCUCAAGGGCGCCAUCAUCUACCUCGCGUCCGAUGCGAGCAAGUACACCACCGGCUCUGAGAUGGUUAUCGACGGAGGCUACACUUGCGUCUGA